UCCAAUUAACAACAAUCCUCUGCGCCCCUUUGGCUGGAAAAAAAAGAAAAAAGAAAAUCAGAGAAACCCCCUUGACUGAAAAUCCGGUUUAGACUGUAGUAUUGUAAAACCUGAAGAAACCAAAACGGUACAUUCUCGUGAAAUCAAAUCACUAAAUCCCUCAAAUUGAAUUAUUUCUCAAUGUCGCCUGAGAAGCCCCCAAUCGAUGUCGUCGAACUCGACAGUAGCGACGACGAAGGCGCCGGCGUCAUCGGAAAGAGAAAACCAGACAUGCCUCCCGGAGGAAAUUCACUGAGUAAAUCACCGGUAAUAGAAAAUCCCAACGCGAUUGUUCCAUCCAAUUACAGGCCACUGGAGUCUCGAAGUUUCUGGAAAGCUGGCAAUUUUGAAGUUGGUCGUAUCAAAUCAACUGCUAUACAUGGUGAAUUGGAACAUGCGCGUGUUCAUCCCAAAUUUCUGCAUUCCAAUGCUACUUCUCAUAAAUGGGCGUUUGGAGCAAUAGCCGAGCUUUUGGAUAAUGCUGUUGACGAGAUAAGCAGUGGGGCAACUUUCGUGAAAGUUGACAGAAUUUAUAACCCAAGGGACAACUCUCCUGCAUUGCUCUUCCAGGACGAUGGGGGUGGUAUGGAUCCAGAACGUCUUCGCAAAUGCAUGAGCCUGGGUUAUUCUUCAAAAACAUCAAACUCAACAAUUGGACAAUAUGGUAAUGGAUUUAAGACGAGUACCAUGAGGUUAGGCGCUGAUGUAAUUGUUUUCAGCCGUUCAUCUCAGUCAGGCCGAGCAACUCAAAGUAUUGGUCUUCUGUCCUAUACAUUUCUUCGGAGAACAGGGCAAGAUGAUGUGAUUGUUCCAAUGAUCGAUUUUGAUAUCUCCGACCAUUGGGCUGAACCAAUACUAUGUGGCUCUCAAGAUGAUUGGUCAACUAACUUGAAAACAAUCCUUGAGUGGUCCCCUUUUGCAACAAAGAUGGAUCUUAUGCAACAGUUUGAGGAUAUAAAAUCACAUGGAACUAAGAUUAUAGUCUACAACCUAUGGCUGAAUGAUGAAGGAAUUUAUGAGCUGAACUUUGAUGACGAUGAUGAGGAUAUAAUGUUGAGAGAUGAAGCUAAUUGUGGAAAUACAUCAAAAACAAACAAGAGAGCGCUUGAACAGCAAUCCCAUAUUUCCUAUCGCUUACGCUACUCACUAAGAGCAUACACAUCCAUAUUAUACCUCAAAAAAUUUACAAAUUUCAGUAUCGUACUAAGAGGGAAGCCUGUUGAGCAGUUUAAUAUUCUUGAGGAGUUGAAGCACUCAAAAGUAAUCACCUACAGGCCACAGCUUGCUGUGACAUCAAAGGAGAUCUUGGUUGAAACAACUUUAGGUUUCGUCAAGGACGCUCCAUCACCAGUUUGUGGAUUCAACAUUUACCACAAAAAUCGCCUCAUCAGGCCAUUCUGGAAAGUUACUGCAGAUGGUUCUUCCAAAGGAAAUGGUGUUGUUGGUGUUCUGGAAGCAAAUUUCAUAGAACCUGCACAUGACAAGCAAGAUUUUGAAAGAUCAUCUCUGUUUUUCAAGCUGGAGACUAGGCUAAAGCAAAUGGUGAUGGACUACUGGAAAGGUCAUUGUCACCUGAUAGGACUGAAGCCUCUUGAACCACAUUUGCAAAAUCUUCAGAGAGAGCAAGCGGCUAAUGCUCAAAUACAGUCGCCAACUAUUAACUAUCAGCCAGUUACCGGCCUUGCAGCUCAUCCCAGGCCAGAUUUCCGUUCUGUGCAGAGUGACAAAGUGGGAAGAACCAAUUCCAGUAGGGAAUUGCCAGCUGUACAACCUAUCACAGGGAAUGCAACUGGAUCUGUUCAAAAAGAUACACAACUAGCCAGUUCAAGUUGCAUGUCAAUUGAUCAGAUUUGUGAAGAGAAUAUCCAACUCUUUAGGAGGUGUGAGUCAUACAUCCAAAGGGAAACCGAGUUGAAACGUACAAUAGAGGAGCUUGAGAAAGAGUUAGAGGACACUAAAAAGAAAUCUGCCGAUCUUUCUUCACGCCUGGAAAGUCAGAAAAAGCUUAAACUUCUGAAACAAUUUGGGUAGAAGGCAUAGCAAAGGGUCUAUCCUCUCAUGAAUUGUAUGCAUUCGGCUUGAUCAUGUUGAAUUGAUAACCGUAGGCUUCUCGGUGCCUCUUCCAGGGAAAAUCUUCAACCUUCCA